CUCUGAUCUGUCUCUUUAAGCGGGACGGACUGCCUCAUCUGCUGCUGGGACGGUUCUGCUCCUCGAGCCCGUAGAUAAACUUCUGCUUCCACACUAGUUCGACAAGACAGGACAGGCGGUUUGCAGUGGCCAAAAGUAUUUUGACCGAGCUUCUCAAAAGACAAAUGAAAGUCAGCUAUAGCUGCGCGUAAGUGUGCGCAAACAGAUACGGCAGAGUGAAUGGAGCAGGAGCGCGGACGGAAUAAGACUGGAUGGGAAUGGGAGGUGUUUUACUCUGAAGUCUGUCCUUGAAGCGCACAGGACAGAGACAUCAAAGAAGGCAAGGGGACGGGAAGCGAAACUUUAAAUGCACGUUUUUCAGAGCAGUCUGGAUGUAGGGCGUCCAUCUAGAAUGCUUUCCAAUAAAUGAUAUGGCAGGGAACUGACUGAGAGAGAGUUCAUACACGAGAAAUUCAUCUGGGAACUGCCAAGGUGCUGAUCUCUGGAGUCAGGGCAAACCAUCAGAAAUGAAAGAGCUCAUCACAUCUCGCAUGAACAUUAGACUGGACUCCAGGCAUCUUCUGACUGCACAUAAACCACUAAAUGCACUUAAUGUCUCUGAGCUGAAGUGACAUUCACCCCCCCGGACUUCAGCUGGAAGCCCUAAAUUGAGCUUUGAAUACUGAAGAUGUCACAACAGAUCUGAAAAUUUCACCUCAGCGCAAGACACAUUUUACAAAAUCACACGCAGGUUUUUCCACGGAGACGUUGCCCUUUUGGAAGAAACUGAUGGAUUUCAGAAAUUUUGCCAUCUAAAUAACUUCCAUGCUGACACCCCUAAAAGCUGUGGCGCCCCUUGCCUUUCUCUCAUGCCCAUGGACCCAUCCAGUGCCAUGCUCUCACAGGCGCUCCUGCUUUUACAGUGCAUUAUUCUGACUCUCGGCCAGUACGAUAUCUGUAAGUCGCUGGUCAGCACAGACGAUGGACCGACAUGGGAAUAUUACGCUUGCCAGCCCAAACCCAUGUCCAUGAAGGAGUACAUGCAGAUUAGAGUGGAGCCUCCCGAUAUCACAUGUGGAAACCCACCGGAGAGAUUCUGCACUCUGGAAAACCCAUACUUGUGCAGUGAUGAAUGCGAUGCCUCCACCAAAGAACUAGCUCAUCCUCCAGAACUGAUGCAAGACAGCGAGCGCACCGGACUCAUCACCUACUGGCAGACAGUAACAUGGAGUCGAUAUCCUGAGCCUCUUCUGGCCAACAUAUCCUUAUCCUGGAACAAAAGCCUUGAGUUAACAGAUGACAUCCAGAUAUCCUUUGAGUAUGGUCGGCCCACAAUAAUGGUGCUGGACAAGUCUCUGAAUUAUGGAAGAACCUGGCAGCCUUAUCAGUACUACGCUGAUGACUGCAUGGAGGCUUUUGGGAUGUUGGCAAAAAGGGUGCAGGAUCUUUCGGCCACCAACGUGACCAGAGUCAUAUGUACAGAGCAAUACUCUCGCUGGGUUGGUUCCAAGAAUGAGAAGAACGUGCGCUUCGAAGUCCGGGAACGCUUUGCCAUAUUUGCUGGGGCAAAACUGCAGAACAUGGACAACUUGUACACACGCAUGGAAAGUAUGAAAGGUCUCCGAGACUUUUUCACCUUCACAAACCUACGGCUUCGGCUGCUGAGACCGGCACUCGGAGGAACAUACGUACAGAAAGACAACCUUCUUAAGUAUUUCUACGCCAUCUCCAACAUCGACAUACCAGCAAGGUGUAAGUGUAACCUCCACGCCGGCCAGUGCUCCCUCCGUGACGGGACGCUUCAGUGCGACUGCGAGCACAACACUACGGGACAAGACUGUUCAGUCUGCGAAAGAGGAUUUAAAGCCAAGUCCUGGAAGCCCGGCUCGUACCUGCCCACCCCGAACGGCUCCCCGAACAUUUGUGAAGCGUCGGGAACGUCUGGCAACUGCGAGUGCAACGGUCACUCAAAUCGCUGCAGUUACAUUGAUUUCAUCAACAUUGUGACUUGUGUGAGCUGCAAACACAACACUAGAGGGCAGAACUGCCAGCACUGCCGCCUCGGAUACUUCCGGAAUGCUUCGGCCGAGCUGGACGAUGAGAAUGUUUGCAUAGAGUGUAACUGUAAUCAGCUGGGCUCCAUACACGCCCGCUGCAAUGACACGGGCUUCUGCCAGUGUCGAGACGGCACCGCAGGCCAGAAGUGUGAGGACUGUCUGCCUGGAUAUACCUGGAAGCAAGGCUGCGUGCCAAACGUGUGUGAUGACGAGUUCCUCUUGUGUCAGAAUGGCGGCUCCUGCAUCCAGAAUCAGAAGUGUGUGUGUCCGCCCAACUUCCGGGGGGUUUUGUGCGAGCAGCCGCGCUGCCAGGGUGAGAAAGGGUGCAUCGACGGCGCAUCGGCCUGCUACCUCAGCACACUGACACUGCUGCUCUGCCUUCUAGCCACCAGCCUGCUUAAAGCCAGCGCCUAGAAGCCCAUCUUAGUCCUGAUAUCAAACCUAGUCUACUCUACACAGGCCAAAGGGCUGAACCCUGCGGACGGAGAGAGAAAGAGAAAGAGAGAGUGGCCUGAACCCCGUACGGACCCAGCCUCAAGGUGCUGACAUCUUUUUUGGAAAGGCGGGUGGCUCAGCUGAAGUCAAAAAAGCCUUGGUGAGACGAAAAGCGCAUCGCUCGUCUCUUAGCAUCACCAAUCGCCUGAACUUGAUACCAAAAACAGAAUAAAGACAUGUUCGGUUUCAGCUCACUCUACACAAAGACUCUAGAAGAAAGCGGAGAAAUCUAUAGAUGAGGUUUCAUUUCCUUUGCAUUUCUACUUUCUCUGUAGUUUCGACGCUCACCGAGAUACAAGCACUGCACUUAGCCAGCUUGUUUUAGCCGACGGUUGAUAUCACGGAAGCCUACUAAUGCCAAGUUACUCUUCUUCUCUUGAAGACUUUUUACAUUUCCUUUCAUUGCUGCAUUUUUUCCUUGCAUUUUAUUUCCAUUGAGGUUGUAAUACGUAGGUGAAAACUGAUGGAAAAGGUGUUUAAUCAGCGUCCUGUUAGUACGAGGAACGAAUGUCUCUUUAGCUUGUGUUUGAGAUUAUGUUUCUGGAAUGUAGAGAAGAGAAAUUUUAAAUUGUCUAAUUGAACAAAUAUAUAUAUAAAUAUAUCAGUCUAUCUGAAAGGAAAAAGUAUUGUAUAUUAUGAUUAUUAUUUCACUAUUUUUUUGUAGAAAUUGUUAUUUUUGUUCGGAAGUAAAUGUUACCAUUGUAAAGACAUUGCAGCCUUUAUUGCAGUGCAUACAGUAUUCACACCAUGGUAAAACUAUAUUUGAUGAUACAGCAGAGUGCAUCUCUAAUAUAUUUGGAAUAUUUCUUUAUUCACAUCAAAGCAUACGACGGUUCAUUCACAGCUUUAGCUCAAUGUAACGCGCACAUCAUCUUAAAACUGGCAUGUAUUAUUCAUCUGUGCAGAUAUGGCCAUUCAGGACUGCUUAUUAACACACUUCUACAGGUAUGAUGAUGAUACCUAAAGCACAAGGUCCCACAAACCCCCAAUAAAUAUGACUAACAAGCACAUAAAAGCACAUUAUCAAUCAAUGCAAUUGAAAUGAACGAUUCAAAAUCCAUACUGAAAGUCAGCACAUUUUAUCAUGCAAUCAGAUAACUUUUUACUUUCCUUCUCACGCGAGUCUCAAAGAAAUGCCAAAAUCUUUAGCGGCUCAUAGGCUUUUUGAUGUAUUUCAUAUUUACAAAUGCUUUACAUUCAUAAUGAGCCAGGGUAAAUAAAAUAUUAUGAAUAAAUAUUAUUAAUGAAUAAAACCUGACAAUCAGA